AUGAAUGCAUCCCCGAGAUCUUCCCCAACAAAAAUGAGUAAUAAUUCCACGCCAGGUGAUUCACCAAAAGAAGAAGAACAUGAUUGGGUUUCUUAUUUAAUCGAAACAAAUAGUGAAGCAGCGCCAGCAAGUAAUUUCAAACAAGCUUUGAUUCCACCAGUGAACGAAUUCAUUGUAGGAGAAAAACUUGAAACAGUUGAUCCAAGAAAUCAAGAUUCAUGGUGUAUUGGAACAAUUAUUGAAAAAGAUGGACCAAGAUUACGUAUACGACUAGAUGGAACAGAUGAUCGAAAUGAUUUUUGGCGUCUUGUCGACUCAGCAGAUAUUCGUUGUUAUGGAACAACAGCAAAAUCAGGUGGACAAAUUGUACCGCCUCUUGGUUUUCAACUAAAUUCAACUCGAUGGGCAAAGUAUUUUGAAAGAAAUGUUAAAGAUGGUCCGUUUGCUGCUGAAUCAUGUUUCAAACCGCAACCUUCGAAACCCGAAAAGAAUUUAUUUCAAAAAGGACAAAAAUUAGAAGCGAUCGAUCCAAAACAUCCUCAUGUAAUAUGUCCAACAACAGUAAGUAAUGUUAUACCUGGGGAUUAUCGGAUUACUUUAUCAUUGGAUGGAUGGAGUUCAUCAAAUAAUUUUAAAGUUGAUUAUACAUCACGAGAUAUUUUUCCUGUUGGUUGGUGUAAAUUAGCUGGAAUUCGUAUUGCAAAAGUUGGUGGAAUUCCUCUUUCUCGUACAUCGAAUAAAACAUUACCAUCAACUCCGACUAAACAAAAUGAAAAUGUUCGCCAACAACAAUCGAGAAAUAAGAAAACAGUUGUUCCAUCAUCAUCAAAUGAUUCAUCGUAUUCACCAACUAUCGAUGAGAAAAAUAAUAAUUUAACAACGAAAAGAAAAAUAAAUCAAACAUCAAGGAGUAAAACGGAGAAUGAAAAUUCAAUUGAUUUAGAUGAAAAUAUUAAAAAGAAACGACCCUUUGUCACUGUAUAUUUAAACUAUCUUGGUGAUAAUAGUGGAAUGUUAUUAAAUCCACAAAAAUUUCGUUCAUCAAUGCCAUCAACAUUUGGACCCGAUGAAUGUCAUAUUGUCUUAACAUCAAUAUUUGAUUCAUGUAUUAAAUGUGCUUUUCAACAAGCAUCAUUUAUUAAACGAGUACUUGAUAUAUUUCCAAUACCUAAAGAUGAAGAAAAAGAUUCUUAUACACAGAUUAAAUUGGAAAAUGGUACAAUAGUAUAUAUUCAACAGCUUGAAACAAAAAAUGAUUUUUGGAAUAUUAUUCGCAUAUUUCAAAAUAUUAUUUUAUCUGGUAAUGAUCUUUUUAUUUCAACAUCACCACCAUCAGCGAAUAACCGAAGUAAUGAUUCAUCAUCAUACCUAUUUGAUUCAUCUACAUCAUCUGAUAAAAAAGAAGAUUCUUUACAAUCAUAUCGAUCAAUAAAUAAUAAUAAAACUAAACGGAAAAGUACAGAAUUAGCUUCAUAUCCAGAGAAUAUAACAUCUAUAAGUAAUGGUAAAGUAGCACGAUCUAGUUCAAAUGAAAGAACGGUUUAUGACACAAAUGGAUCUCAUCAUCAUGAACGAUUUACACCAAGUGAAGUAGCAGCGUUUGUUCGAAAUAUUGAUCCAUCAUUUGACAGUCUUGCUUCAAGAUUUCUUCAAGAGGAAAUUGAUGGAAAAGCUCUUCUUCUUCUUACAACGGAUACUUUAAUGAGACAUAUGGGUUUAAAACUUGGUCCGUCACUUAAAAUUGUUCAUCAUAUUGAACAAUUAAAAAAAUCUUAA